AUGUCAGUGGACUAUGGCCUCAACGGCUCACUUUUCCUGAACGACUGGCAAGCCGUUCUUCUCCACAGCACAGACCCCUCAAAGGUUUGGCACAACGUCACCCUUCAGUUCACUGAUGCGAUUUGUGACAUGGAGAGGCAGAUGGUCUCCGUAGGAAUAUUCCCACAUGGUUGCAAAGGCCCGCGGUAUGCCCAGAACUACAGUUUGGGCACAUGCUACAGCCAGGCGGAAAACGUGGUGCAGUCCUACAAUUGCUCCGAAGGCAAACUCACUGAGACCAUUUGGCUGUUGAACCAAAAUGAGACUGGCGAAAGCUGGAGAAGUCACACCAGCCGCUUAAGGAAGAGCUUGUCAGGGCGCGUCCCCUGCCCUCACGGGCCGCCGUUGAGUGAAGUGACAAGCGUUUCAGAUGGCAAAUGCCAUGGCAGUGCGGUGCAGAACAACACGGACUCUUGGAGGAUGCAGGAUCACGCCGAAACGUAUGAGUAUGCCUUGAAACCUUUCCAGGAUGUAGGCGCUCCAAAGUUCAUGGAGGAAGCGGAUGAACGACCUGUCUAUUCCCUUGUGAACAACAACCUCAUCGACCAGGGGAGCCCCAUCUAUGGCGAUGUUUCAGCGGUCUUUUCCUCGAAAUUCAUUGCCGGAGGCGCUCUGUUAUCCCCAAUGGACACGGGUUUCGUUGAGACCACCUGUGUGGAACAUCAUGACUUCCCAUGGGCUCCGCCUUUCAACUGCAGUGCUUACUCUCAUGGAAAGGUGCUGGGCACCAUGAAACACCACAACCAUUUGUUCCUCAUCAAUGAGGACUUCUGGGGUAACGCCUCCUCGCUCCGAAGCAUCUUUAUGAGGAUGGAGGGUGCUUGGGGGUCACACCCUUUGCCGGGCCUGAAUUUCCUGAACUAUUUCGAAGCUGCCGUGCUAGGCCGACUGGAGCUUCCUGCUUCCGUGAGAUUUCUCAUUGGCGAAUUUCCCACGCUCUUCGGUACUGAUUUGGGUGAGCGCUUGCAAUUGUGGGCCAGGAAAAGUGGCCGGGUGUUGGUGUGGACGCUGGGGCCCAAUAACCAACCAAAGGCUGCUCGACCUUCUGCCAGCGCACCAGCCUUCAAUUUCGACUUGAUGACUUCCGCAAGGUCCUUUCAUUGCAACCAGCGCAUCCUGGACCCCCUGGUCUUAGCAGACACCACUGCCGCAGAGAGCUUGGACACGGCGACCGACACCAGCGACUUCCAGAAGCUUUGGGCGCAGGUAGCGGAGACCCGGAAGGCAGGGAGCCCAACAAAUACCACCAUGGCACGGUAUUGGGAUGAGUUCAGUAAGAUCCUUCCAAAUCUGAAAGUACGACCUUUGGGCAGCGAGGACUGCCGAAAGCAAUUGAUUCAGGGAGAAUGUGUCGGCGUCACUUUGCAGGGGCAAUGCGUUUGCUACAAGGCUGCUUGGGCGCAUGGACAGGAUGUUUGCGUCCACUUCGCUCCUGGUGGUGUGACCGGCGCUGGCCAUUUGAACGACCCGCAACGUGCCGAAGAAGCCAACGAAUUGGGUUUGGAUAUCAAGAAGCUUCGCGUGAGCCUUCAGGAAUGCGCCAAUGCUGCGCAACAGCAGAUUCAAGAGGAGGUGGCCCAGCUCAGUGCGGAAAUGCAGGCGAUGCGCGAGAGCCUGACGCAUGAAGUGCAGGCGCUUCGAGAGACACAGGCUUCGGACACGGCCAAGCUGCGGGAGAUGUGCGAUUCAGCCUGUUGGAGACUGCGAGAGCAAUCUACCACCGAGAUGGCCAAGCUCCGGGAACAUUUGCAGAUGGAAACCAGGACGUUACGAGAAGAGGUCUCCAGAGCCUAUGCUACACGAAGCGACCUCCAGUCGGCCCGUGCAGGGCUGGAGGCGUCCCUCAGUUCCUGUAGAUCAGAGCUGACAGCCAACCGCUCGGACUUGGAACGGGCCAAAGCAGAGCUGCAGAGUCUUCGAUCCGAACUCGGCAGUGCACGGAAAGACCUGGAAUCGCAAGACGCCAACCUAGGAGCCUUGAAGACGGAGCAAGAGAAGCAUCUGGCGUCACUGGAGGUGUUCAAAGGCGACUUCCAUUCCACCAAAUCCGAGCUGGCCGUCUGCAGAUCGGACUUGGCAGCCUGUCGCAGCGACCUGUCCUCCUUCAGCGCUUCUCUCAGCAGCUGUCGCAGCGAUCUCGAGGCCCUAAGACCUCCGCUGAUGGCGCUGCAGUCCCGCAGCGAAAGUCACGACGCGGAGCUCUCAAUGCAGCGCAAGGAUCUUGAGGCGCUGCAGAAAGAGCUCUGGGCGUUGAAAGGUGAUGUCGAGGUCAGCUUUACUAAGGCGAACAAAGAGCUGGCCGAUCUGCAGAAGGAUCUUUCAGAGACGCGCAUCCAAAGCGGUGACCAUGCCAGGGGUCUUGCAGAGACGAAGCAGCAACUGGGCGAUACGCGCCAGGAGCUUGCUGCCACGCAAAGAAGUGUGACGGCGGUCCAAAAGGACGCAAGCACCACCCAGGGUCAGUUGACGCUCCUGCAACAGGAGGUCUCUUGCAACCUCUCCGGUGCCAUCAGUGGCCUCCAGAAGGACACCCUGAGCCUUCAGAGUACUACUGGGGAGAUGCGCCAGGAGGCCUUGAAAGCGCAAAGCUUCGCCAAAGAGUUGGAGAAGGAUGCGCUUGCCAUGCAAGGGCGCGUGAACACCUUGCAGCAGGAAACCAGCGAGACGAAAAGCGUCACUGCUGGACUGCGGCAGGCCUUGGAGGAGUUGCAAGGGACAGUUCGGGAGCUGCAGAAGGGAGCAUCUCAGAGCCAGACACACAUCUCUGACUUGCGGAAGGAAGCCUCAGACGCACAGACGCACCUGGGGGACUUGAAAAAGGCGAUCCUGGAAGCUCGGAACAGUACCAGUGAGCUGCGGAGGGACUUGGUGAAGACCCAAAGCCAUCAGACUACGGAAGUACGACAGGAAGUGGAGAAGACGCGCAGUGUGGCCCAGGAGCUCCGAAAGGACCUCACCUUGACCUUUCAGCUGGAGGUGGCCAAUGUACGAAAGGACGGUGACCUUUCAGCGGGAUGGGAAGUUCUGGUGGGAUCCCUUGGGGGCAUCUUUUUCACCUGGAAGAUGGUCGGAAGAUGGUCGGAUGGGCGACUCAAGCUGGAAAAAGAUGCGCGGAAAUUGAAGAUUCAAUGGAUAAGAUGGGAUUUAACCUGA